CUCUCUGAGACACAGACGGAUCGAAUACGGAUCAGGACCAACCGGAAUAGAUCAGGACUGAUCAGCUUCAUCGACAUGUUUGUCCUGCAGCUGAUGUUGAUGUCUCUGUUGCUCCACCGCACCAUGAGCUCAGGCACAGGACGACACUCCCUCUGGGCGCUUGCCUCCUACAUCCCAGGCUCUGCCCACUUCCCAGAGUUCACUGUUGUUCUGAUGUUGGAUGACAUCCAGGUGGGAUACUAUGACUCAAAGGUCGACCGGGUGAUGAGGGCGAGCACGGCAUCUGACCACGAAGCGGAACUCAACCUGGGCCAGGAGCCCGUGACUGUGCUACGAGACAUUUACUCCAGCAUGAAGAAGAGGCUGAAUCUGGUGAAGCAUCACUUUAACCUGACCAUCGAUGGCGUUCAUGUCCAGCAGAGGGUAACGGGCUGCGAGGUACUGGAGGACGGCCAGCCGGCACUCAUCAUGUUCAGAGACGGCUCCAACGGGCAGGACGCCGACAGCCUGCUCUACAACAUGACCCACUUCACGUAUGCUGUCAGGGAAGGCUGGGAGAUCCAGUGGGACGCCCUAAAGAAAACAUCCUUCCAGAUGCUGUAUUCAAACAUAUAUCUACCGUUCUGUGUGCGGACGCUCCAACACUUCCUGGAGCGCGAGAAGCACCUUGUGAUGCGAAGGGUGAAGCCUCGACUCCGCUUUAUCACCAGGCAAGUGGUGGGCGGGGCUCAGGUCACCUGCCUGGCCACUGACUUCUACCCUCGCCACAUUAACCUGAGCCUGCUGCGGGACGGCCAGCCCGUGGACGAAGGCGAGCUGCGCAUCGGCUCGGUGCUGCCCAAUGGGAACGGCCUCUACCAAGUGAGGAAGACACUGAUGGUCGACGAAAAGGAGCUGCAGAGGAAACACAACUACACCUGUGAGGCGUCUCACCUGAGCCUGGACAACCGGCUGAGGGUAAACUGGAGGGCGGAGUCAUCGUACUCUCACAGAGUUCAUUCCAUCUCGCCUCUGGUCUUCCUGCUGCUCGCUGCCGUCCUGCUGCUGCUGGCGCUGAGGAGGAGGAGAAGGAGGAGGAAGGAGAGGUCAGAGAGCGUGGCCACAGAAACACAGGAGCAGGUGGGAGAGAGAGAGCAGUCAGACGACCUCGUGACGUGACUCUGUGUGGCAUCAGAAUCACCUUUAUGGGUGUACCUUGAUAGGUUUGUAGCUUGAACCUAUUCGCUGGAACGUUGAAGACAAUAUAAUUACACAGCAAAAGCAUUGAACACCAA